ACGGGAAAAGAAAAGAAAAAGGCGAAAAUUGAAGUGGUGAGAUAAAGUCAUGGUGGAAAUCCUCUCUAGAGAAAUACUUCUGUUGAUCAAGUGCAAUUGUAUAUGCAAUUGUAUAUGUACCUUGUAGUCUUGUAAGUCAUGGAUCUAAAUCCUUUGAUUCUCUGUUUGAUUACUAUGUCAAAAGCUAGUGGCACCCAAUCAAAUACCCCCAAAAAAAUAAUACCAAUAGAGUGCAUUGGUAAUUUUUUUUUUUUUUUUUACUUUGAAUUACUUAACUAAUAAGUUAAGGUAUUGAUUAGUAUUUUUCUAAAAUAAAGGAUCUAUAUCAUUCUUAUACGUGUCUUUUAUAAUACUUUUUUUUUGUGUAAUAAGCCAUAGAUUCCUUUUUUCGUUUUCUUCCUCUUCUUUUAUCUUGAGCACACGCUAGUGUCUUUCCAAAACUGCAACGUGUCGUGGUAUAUUGAACCCAACAGCAACAGUUUUCAUCUUAUUAGUUACUACUUUAUUAGAGUCUAGCAAUCAAUAAUUUAUUCUUCAUCAUCAUCAACCACCACAUAAACCUCUCCCUCACACUCACACACAGUCUCAGACUCAACUCAACAUAAACACUACAAAUCACUGAUCACUGAUCAGCACAAACACUUCCACCACCUCAACCUAACAUGUCAUCGCAGGGUUACCUCCACCGCAUAGGCUUCACCAGGAAGAGAGAAAGGCUCAUCAACCCAAUGGACCGAACCUCACCACUGCCACCAUCUUCGGUUCCGAAACAACAACCCAUGUCAGAGUCACUUCCGCUACCUUUUCUCCCUGAUGAACUCGUUGUUGAAAUUCUCUCGAGGCUCCCAGUGAAGUCUCUCUUGCAGUUCAGGUGCGUGUGCAAGUCAUGGAUGUCCCUUAUCUCUGAUCCUUACUUCAUGAAAAAGCACCUUCACUUGUCAUCUCGAUGCACCCACUUCACCCACCACAGGAUCAUAUUGAGUGCCACAACCGCUGAGUUUCACCUCAAAUCAUGUUCCUUGAGUUCCUUGUUCAACAACCCUUCUUCAACCGUUUGUGAUGACCUUAACUACCCUGUGAAGAACAAGUUUCGCCACGAUGGGAUUGUUGGCUCUUGUAAUGGGUUGUUAUGUUUUGCCAUAAAGGGUGAUUGUGUGCUUCUUUGGAACCCCUCCAUAAGGGUCUCCAAAAAAUCACCACCUUUGGGGAAUAAUUGGAGGCCAGGGUGUUUCACUGCCUUUGGCCUUGGUUAUGAUCAUGUCAACGAGGAUUACAAGGUGGUGGCUGUGUUUUGUGAUCCUAGUGAGUAUUUUAUUGAGUGUAAAGUGAAGGUGUAUAGCAUGGCCACCAAUUCUUGGAGGAAGAUUCAGGAUUUACCUCAUGGUUUCUUACCCUUUCAAAAUUCAGGGAAAUUUGUGAGUGGCACUCUCAAUUGGGCUGCAAAUCAUUCUAUUGGCCCAAGUUCCUUCUGGGUUAUUGUUUCCUUGGAUCUGCAUAAGGAAACAUAUAGGGAAGUUCUGCCACCUGAUUAUGAAAAGGAGGACUGCUCCACCCCUAGUUUGGGUGUUUUACAAGGAUGCCUUUGCAUGAAUUAUGAUUACAAGAAAACCCAUUUUGUUGUGUGGAUGAUGAAGGAUUAUGGGGUGAGAGAAUCUUGGGUUAAAUUGGUUAGCAUUCCUUAUGUGCCUAAUCCUGAAGAUUUUUCGUACUCAGGGCCUUAUUACAUUUCAGAGAAUGGUAAAGUGUUGUUGAUGUUUGAGUUUGACUUGAUUCUGUAUGAUCCGAGAAAUAACUCUUUUAAGUAUCCUAAAAUUGAGAGUGGUAAGGGCUGGUUUGAUGCAGAGGUCUAUGUUGAAACUCUGGUUUCGCCAAUGAAGCAUUAAGGUUGAUGUGCCACGCAAAGCAAGUGUAAGGACUAAGGAAGAAUAAGAUGUGUAAAGUACUUUUAAGUCCAUGUGGUUUUAUCUCCGGUUCAUGUAUUUUGGCAUUAAAUGUGUAAUAUGUAUAUGCAGAACUGAGGGGCCAAGCAUUGCAUAUAUAGAUGUUGUUAAUAUUUUGGUGAAGCUCAGUUAUGUGUUGUUACUUGUGUCGGGUUAUGUAUCCCAUCACUGAUGUAAAACACUGCUUCAUUUGUUAAUAUAUGGAAAUUGGUAUAUGCUUUCUUGUGUUAUGGUAAGAAGCAUAUAUUUAAUGACUCA